AACUCUCGUUUGAGAUAUAAUAAUGGAAGCAUUUCACGAGAUUUAAGCUUCAAAAUAAUAUUUGAAUCAAUAAAAUAUUGAUUUCGGUACCAACGACCUUCACGGGAGGGUUAAGAACUAGAGGGUGGGCUGGCAACCCUGUCCUAACAGCCGAGUCAACCAACAACGGUGCUUUGUGAGCAGGCGAACGUUGUUGUUGCGCCGCCAGAACAGAAGAUAAUGAAACUCCGAUCGGGGCAAGCGAAACCAACGCACCACUGGCACAAAUCAGAAAUCAGUCACCAGCAGGCCGACCAGGAAGGAAAUACCAAUAAACCGGACAGAUUCCGUGCAUUCCCAGGAGCUGGGCGAACGGAGCGGGGAGCAGCCGGACAGAACCGAAACGGCGGAGACAGAAACCGAUACAGAAAGUUCAGGAACUUUACAAAUCGCAGCGACAGACUGCGCAAUUUUCGCGGCGUAGUCCUUGGAAGCUUAGCUGGCUAGCUAGCUGGGGUCCUGGCACCCGGAGGUCACAGGCGGAGGCUCCCAGGCGUUUGGAAUCCUUGAGACGAUUUGGCAUUUGGAGAAAACCAAUUGAUCUAACGCACACAGCUAUUGGAAACUGGAACUGGAAUAGGAAUCGGAAACGGUAACGGUAGCUCGAGCGUAACAGGAUGCCCACCACCCAACACUCGCCCCAGGGUCAUCACGUCCAAGGCCCCAGCCAAGGACUAGGACAAGGCCAGCCGCAGGACAAUGGUGAACCCAUGAAGGGGAAGGAGGAGGGUGCCAACAUGCCCAAUCUGUCCACAUUGUCGCUGGAUGAACUGAAACAGUUGGACAGAGAUCCUGAAUUCUUCGACGACUUCAUCGAGGAGAUGUCCGUGGUGCAGCAUCUCAACGAGGAGCUCGAUUCGAUGAUGAACCAGGUGGAAAAUAUAUCAAACACGAUUCCAGGGGAGAACGAGAGCAAAGGCACCCAUUUGGUGGAGCUGAAGCGACGCCUCAGCGAUGACUACACUGCUUUAAAGACUCUGGGCGAGAAGUGCGAUCAGCUGAACAAGAAGUAUUUGAAAAAGUCCGAGGAGUAUGCACCGCAGCACAUCAGAGAGCUCCUUCAGAUAGCGGCCUCCAAUGCCGAUGCCGACUGUGAUCGGCAUGUGGAGCACUUUCUGAAUGGGAAAAUCGAUGUGCAGACGUUCCUCAAUACCUACCAGAGCUCCAAGAAGAUCAGCGCCGAGCGCAAAGCCAAGGAGGAGCGCCUGGGCAAUCAGCUGAGUGCUUUGGAACGAGCUGGAAUCUAGAAUGUAGAUGAUGAACGUUUAAUAUCUAAAACUCUCUCACACACACACAUACACAUCUCCAUCCGCCGCGAGUCGCAAUAUAGAGUCUAAGCAGGAUUAGCCCACAAGGGAGAAGGGAGAAGAAAAUAAGGAUAGGAAUGGAAGAAGACCACUGGAAGAGAUCACUGAACGCUCCGAAGACAACAUAACACUGCAAAAGCGAAGAUUUACAAACAAAAAAAAUAUAAAAACAAAAUAGUCGGCGGCCAGCCAUAUCGAAGGUUUUGGAGGAAGCCCUUCGGACCGGAAACGGAUGUCAGGCUGCCGUCGAAGAACAGAAACCCAAAACACCACUAAAACAGUAAUGAAAUGCAAAGAAAAACGCUCGUUAGUUGUAGGCUAACAUUUAAAACAACAAGAAACAAUUGUAAAUUGGUAGAAGCCAGCGUGUGCUCAGUGCCAGGCUUUAUAAUUCUAAUUAUACUCCUAGAGCGGGAACCCUUGUGUUAUGUCCCCCAACUCCACACCCACAUCUCAAGAAAUCACAAUGAAACUCCAACUCCAGUCCCAGUCCAAAAUCCAGGUCCAUCCCCAAUAGAUUCCCUCACACAUCCAUUUCUUCACUCCGCCGCGAUUCUCCCAAUAUAAUAGGUAUAAAAUCGUUUGGUCCAUUAUUUUGUCACAUGGCCAGCCAAAUCGUUCUAUUUGUAUUAUGUAUAAUUAAAAUAAAGUUUAUGAUUUAUCUAA